ACCUUGAUUCGCAACUCCAUUUGAUCCAAAAAUUCGCCAUGAAAAGAGCUUCAUCGAGACUUGUUCACCUCCAAUUCCAAAAAUUUCACCCCAAAUCUUCCAUUUCUCUGUUCUCCAAACAUUCCAUCACUCAAUUUUCAUCCAUUUCUUCCACAGAUGAACAAAUCAACCACCACCCAUCUAAACCUCAUCUCAAAUCACACUCCACAUCCCAAUCUUCACCGUUCUCAAGAAAUCCAAACCGUCUUCUCCAUAACCCAUCUCAUAAUCUCAGCACCCUAGUGAAUCCACGGAAACCCUCUUCUCAAUUACCUUCAAAACAAACAAAAAUCAAAGAAAGAUCACAGAUCGUAGACGAUUUCGAACGUGCGAAGACAUCUGAAGAAAUGAUCAAAGCAUUUGAAUCCAUGGAUGUUUCUUUCGAUCACCACGAACUUGGCUUAGCUUCCUUGAAAAUCGGACUCAAACUCGAUGAAGAAGGUGAGUAUCCAGAAAAAGUUUUCGAUUACGCCAAUAAAUCUUUAAAAAUCUUGGAUGAAAUCGACAAUGAUUCGUCUUUACCACUUGCUAUGAACUUACAAUUGUUGGGUUCUGCUUGUUAUAACUUAAAUAGGUUUAAUGAAAGUUUAGGGUAUCUUAAUAGAGCCAAUAGGAUAUUGGGGAAACUAGAGGAAACUAUAUCUGAUAAUGAUUUCAAUAUCAAACAUGUUUUACAUGCUGUUCAUCUUAAUUUGGCCAACACCAAGAAUGCAAUGGGUAGAAGAGAAGAUGCAAUUGGUAAUUUGAAAAAAUGUUUAGAGAUUAAAGAGGUUACAUUAGAGAAAGACAGUCGAGAGCUCGGAAAUGCGUAUCGGGAUAUGGCGGAAGCUUUCGUUGCACUUUUGAGCUUUAACGAAGCGUUGCCGUAUUGUAUGAAAGCCAUCGAGAUUCACAAGAUUCAAUUAGGAAGUAAUUCUGUCGAAGUUGCACAUGAUAGACGGUUAUUAGGUGUUAUUUAUACCGGAUUAGAAGAGCACGGGAAGGCGUUGGAACAGAACCAAUUAUCCCAAAAAGUUUUGAAGAAUUGGGGUCGUACUUCUGACUUGCUUCGUGCUGAGAUAGAUGCAGCCAAUAUGCAAAUAGCGUUAGGUAAAUUUGAUGAAGCGAUCAAUACGUUAAAGGGUGUGGUUCUGCAGACGGAUAAAGAGAGUGAAGAACGAGCUAUGAUUUUCGUAUCUAUGGCAAAAGCGUUGUGUAAUCAAGAAAAGUUCCAAGAAACGAAACGGUGUUUACAGAUGGCUUGCGGGAUUCUAGAUAAGAAAGAGAAGUCGUCACCUUUAGAAGUAUCUGAAGCGUAUAUGGAGAUAUCGAUGCAGUACGAGACAAUGAAUGAAUUCGAGACUGCAAUUUCUUUGUUAAAAAGAGCACAAGCGAUGCUUGAAAAGAUACCGGAAGAGCAACAUUCAGUCGGAAGUGCUUCAGCUAGAAUCGGAUGGCUACUUUUGUUAACGGGUAAGGUGCAAGAAUCGGUGCCGUAUUUGGAAGAUGCAACUGAAAGAUUGAAGGAAAAUUUUGGUUCUAAGCAUUUUGGAGUUGGAUAUGUGUAUAAUAAUUUGGGUGCAGCGUAUCUAGAACUCGAUAGACCGCAAUCCGCAGCACAAGCUUUUGCAUUGGCAAAGGAUGUUAUGGACACUUCCCUUGGUCCUCAUCAUGUGGACUCAAUUGAGGCAUGUCAAAAUCUUUCAAAAGCAUAUAGUGCAAUGAGAAGCUAUGCUCUUGCGAUAAACUUCCAAGAAAAGGCAAUUGAUGCUUGGAGUGGGCAUGGUCCAAGUGCACAUGACGAACUCAAAGAAGCUCGACGAGUUCUUGAGGAAUUAAAGGUGAAAGCUUGUGGUGGAUCCGAAGAUCUACACUCGAAAAAGGCGUUGCCUGUUCAACAUCGUAGGAGAAGCUCACGCUCAUCAGGUGAUUAGAAGUUAUCGAAUGCAUAUAAACGAUUAUUAGAUGAAGCAUUUUAAAUUAACUCUACUGCUUGCUUUCCGUUCUUGUGAGCUUAUUAUCGACCAACAUUUAUAAGAUUUUAGUCGGAAGUUUUUGUUGCUC